ACAGGGCUACAUUUGUACCACACUGUAUUGGCAGUCAUCCAUAGCCGAUCUUGGAGCAAUAGAGAGAGGAGCGGGGCAGGGACAGGGAGUGGCAGUGGAUGGCCGAUGGCAUCGCUGGAUGCUGUCUCAGGGGCAGGGAGGGACCCGAGGGAGAGCAGAGUGAGAGGAAGAGACAGCUGAGCAGUGAGUGUUUAUGGUGUAGCAGGUAACUGGCUCCGGGACUCAGGAACUCUCGCAUUCACUGCAGCUCAGCGACUGACUGACUGCGUCACAAACUACUUAUUCGUCAUGAAUCGAUUCAAAACAUCGAAAUUCAAGAACUGCAUCCCCAAGAUUCCCAAGAAGGAGGACUGGAUUAAUGACAUCGGAUCAGCAUCAUCUUCGUCCACUGGGAACAACAUUAAGUGUGGGCAACGCGUUAUUGCUUUUAAUACAGACAGCGCAGGGGUGCUGGGUAUUACUCCAUUGGAGGUCAGAAGCGGAGAGAAGAGGACGGUCUCCAGAAUAAGCUGUCACACAGAUUUAGUCACAGACUUCGCAUUUUCACCCUUUGCUGAUGAUCUCCUGGUCACUGGAUCGUCUGACCAAACAAUAAAGCUGUGGCGAGUGUCAGAGACAGGAGAUGCGGGGUCCCUGUCUGGCACACUGGCAGGAGUUGAAGGGCAGGUACGUUCCCUGCAGUUCCACCCAUCAGCAGAUUCCUUGCUUGUGACCGCUGCUGCAAAGACAGUGCAACUAUGGGACUUAUCCAGAGAGAGCAAACUGACAGCUCUAGAAGCACAUGGGGAUCAGGUACAAAGCGUUUGCUGGAGCCAAGAUGGUGUCCUGUUAGGGACAUCCUGCAAGGAUAAAAGGCUGAGAAUCUUUGACGCACGCAGCGGUACAGGAGCCAUACAGAAUGCGCAAGGGCACGACAGCAACAAAGACUCUCGGGUGCAAUGGACUAACUCAAACAGCCACUUGCUAACAUCUGGGUUCAACCAGGUCAGGGAGAGAGAACUUCUGCUUUGGGACAUACGCAGCUUCAGUCGGCCAUUGACCUCUUUCACUCUGGAUGCUUCGUCCGGACUUCUCAUUCCCCUGUAUGAUUACGACACUGGACUUCUGAUCCUUGGAGCUCAGGGGGAAGGGAGCCUGUAUUGCAUGGAGGUCAGCACGGAGCCGCACUCCCUUACACAAAUUUCGCAGUGUGUCACAGAGGAGCAGUCUCGUGGCCUGGCUCUGGUCCCCAAACUCUGUCUGGAUGUGAUGAACUGUGAGCUCCUGCGCCUACUCCAGCUUACUGACAAGUUCAUUAUUCCUAUCAGUUACAACGUCCAACGAAAGUCAGUAAAGGAGCUACAAGUCGAUCUCUUUCCCAACACUGCUGGUUGCACCCCAGCCCUCACAGCUCAGGAUUGGUGGAAAGGAGACAACAAACAGGUACAGAAGGUCUCCUUGGAUCCAUCUCGUCGGCCAGCCCCUUCGUGCCAGGGUAACUCAGGGAAGAAAAAGAAUGAACCGCAGGAAAAUGACAUAGUAUCAUCCAUUGCAGAGCCCAGUGAUGGCAGCACCCUGUCCUCUCCCUCCAGCUCACUCACAUCCCCAUCUAGUGGGAUUGUGUCAAGCACCAGUCAACGCUCUCUGCAAAGCUUUCUGGGUCCAAGUUCCCGUCUGCGGCACACUCAGGGCACAGUCCUGCACCGUGACCACCACAUUACCAACCUGCGGGGGAUAAGCCAGAGCACGCCAGGGGAGAGUGAUGGCUUCUGUGUUAAUUACCAGAGAGCGGCUGUGCCAUUGGCUGCCCCAGGAGGGCAGGUGGCAGUACUAGAGUUCUCGCAGACUGGCCGUCUCCCAGACACAUUGCCCACUGUCCAGAACUCGGUACCUGUGACAGAUCUCACGUGGGACCCCUUUAAUCCUCACAGACUGGUCACAGGUGGGGAAGAUGGUCGGAUUCGUGUUUGGCAGAUACCACAAAAGGGCUUAAAGAAGACCCUUACAGAACCCCACAUUGUGCUCACUGGACACAACGAGCGCAUUUACACGGUUCGGUUCCACCCCUGUGCCUCAGACAUCCUGGCUUCAUCUUCCUAUGAUUUUACAGUGAGAAUUUGGAACUUACAGACAGGAAAGGAUGUCCAUGUGUUGCGGGGGCACGAGGAUCAGAUCUUCUCUCUGGCCUGGAGCCCAGAUGGAAAAUACUUGGCUACUUGCAGCAAGGACCAACGGAUCCGAAUCUAUGAGCCACGAAAAUCAAACCUACCCAUGCAGGAAGGCCCUGGUCCUGAGGGAUCUCGAGGGGCUCGUGUGGUGUGGGUGUGUGAUGGGAAAUAUUUGCUGGCGUCUGGAUUUAAUAGUCGCAGUGAUCGCCAGAUCUCUCUUCUCAGUCCCGAGGACCUGUCAUGUGGCCCUGUCUCCAAGACGAACCUGGAUGUUUCUCCUUCCACCCUCAUUCCUCAUUAUGACCCAGACACCAGCCUCCUGCUGCUCACUGGGAAGGGUGACACCAGGGCGUUUCUAUUUGAAGUGUUGGCCGAACCCCCAUACUUCCUGGAAUGUAAUACCUUUAGCUCCACUGAUUCACACAAGGGCUUCCAGGUGCUCAGGAAGUUGGACUGUGCAGUUUGCGAUGCGGAGAUUGUACGCGCCGUGCGUCUUGGGUCGAGCUCACUAGAACCGGUGUCUUUCCGUGUUCCACGUGUCAAGAAAGAGUUCUUCCAGGAUGACCUGUUCCCCCCAUCGCGAAUUACCUGGGAGCCGGCUCUGUCUGCAGGAGACUGGCUCGAUGGGAAGGACCUACAGCAAAGGACUAUUAAUCUGUGCCCCGAUGGCAUGGUACCAGUCAGUCAAGCACCGAAGGAGGCUCCUGCCAGAAAAAUUCUCCCCUCAUCUGUGUAUCUGCAAGAGAAAACUGAUGAGCAGAAGAAAGAAGAGCUGCUGAAUGCCAUGGUGGCCAAACUGGGAAACCGCGAUGACCCACUGCCCCAGGAUGCUUUUGAGGGGGUUGAUGAGGAUGAGUGGGAUUAGCACUGACCUCCUGUGCUCCCAGCUGUAUCCUCACCCUUCACCUCUCCCUAGCCCCUCUCCCAUGUAACUGGAAAUCAUUUGGAAAGCAGCCGAGCUUCUGAUACAUUCCAAGCCCAGGGAAAAUAAACUCAGGCCAAAAUGUUUACAUAAUACCAGCAUUCCUGACCGGUCAGAAACUGGAUCUUCCUCCACACCGGGGCAACUUACAACAUGCAUGUUCUCAUGUACAGCCUGCGUACAGAGUGGCCAUGCCUGCUGUUUACAUUAUUAUUCUAAAAUGCAUGUCAUGAGGAUCUGUGUGGAGAUUUGUGUGACCCCUAAAUUGAAGAGUCAAAACCUUCAUGACAUCACACAGAAGACAUCUUGGUAAAGACAAUGGCACUUGAGAUGUUCAAAGCCACUUGCUAAAAACAUUCCAUAUACCUUUUCUCACACAUAGCACUGACCAAUUAAACAAUCACAUAGGAUCAUCCAGUUGCAAUCAUUGAUCCUGCUUCAGUACAACUGAAGGAAAGUGACGCUUAUUAGCUGCCCCCCCAAUGCCCUGACUAAUGUUUACCUCCAUGGAAAAGCCAUACACUUUACUAACAAAGGAACUAUUUACGGCAUUGCCAAAUCUGCCCCGCAGAGCAGGGUCCGCCUUAUGAUGUUUAAUAAAACAUACUAAGACCUUC